GAAGAGUCUGGAGGCUAGUGCGGUGCACUGAUUCAAUUCCUGCAGAGGGGAGAGUGCUCGGGGCGCCUUCGAUGCUCCAGGGCCCCCUGGGAAGGCAGCUGGCCGCUGCACGAGACUCCGCCGGGCUCCCUGGCGUCACCCUCGGUGAGUGAGGUAGAGCAUCCCUAUCGACCCCAGCCACCAGCCAGGACCCCUGCCAUGCCUGACCGGGCGGAAGGACACGUCAGGCCAGGAGGACCAAAGGUCAGUGUCAGUCUCAUGUCAUGGAGCAAAACCGGCUGACAGAACUGGGCUGCUUUCACUGGAUCACACCCUGGUGUGCAGACACUUAGAACCUUCUGGAAGCUCUCUGGAUCAUUCUUCCCUACAUGGCUGCACUAAUUGAUAACCCCUAACAGGGGCACACCUGGCCCUCCACAGUCACAGCUGGGACCUCUAUGACGUGGCUUCCUGCACGGCUGACCCAGACAGCCUCGUCCACCACGCCGACUCCUGCCUUCCUCACCACCCACCCCGGUGGCCAGCGUGAUGCUCUCUUUGUUCUACACAGCCCUCUUGGUCUUCGGCACCCUGGGAAACAUCCUUGCCCUUCACCUUGCUUAUCAAAAGGGCAAGAAGAUCAACUCAACAAAUGUCUACCUGGUCCACCUGGCAGUGUCCGACCUCCUGUUCACCCUGGCCCUGCCCGGAAAGAUCGCCUACUACGUGCUGGACUUCAGCUGGCCUUUCGGUGAAGGGCUCUGCAGGCUGACGGCCUUCAUAUUCUACGUGAACACUUAUUCAGGGAUCUACCUGAUGGCAUGUGUGAGCGUGGACCGUUACGUGGCUGUGGUCCACACCCACCAGUGUCUCCCGCUCCGCAGACCCCGGCCGGCCAGGCUCAUCUGUGUGGCUGUGUGGGUCCUGGCGUCUCUGCAGACGGCGCCCCUGCUCCUGCUCUCCAUGACCAAGCUCGUGGCCAGCAGGCUGACCUGCAUGGAGUAUGACAGCGUCCAGCCGGUGCUCACGCUGCCCGUCGUGGUCCUAGUGAUCUCCGCUCUGAGUUUCUGCGGGCUGGUGGGCAUCAUUCUCUUCCGCUAUGUGAGGAUCACCAUGAAGCUGUGCAGGAUGGCCCGGGACAACCCUCUGACAAGCAGGAAGGGGCACCACCGCAGGGCCUGCCUUCUCACCCUGGUGGUGCUGGUGGCCGUGCUUGUGUGCUUCAUCCCCUACCACUUCAAUGUCAUCCAGUUCAUGGUGAGAAAGGUGCUCCACCAGCCAACCUGCCCCGAGCAGAGGGCUUUCAAACUGUGCCUUCAGCUCACGGUGUGCCUCAUGAACUUGAACUGCAGCAUCGACCCCGUCAUUUACUUCUUCGCAUCUACGCGUUACAGGAAAUGGCUCCUCAGCAUUUGGAAGCUCAAAGCGUCAGCAUCCUCCACCUCCCCCGCUCCGGGAAAAAGUUCCUCAGAAGCACAAAAUAUCAACCAGACUGGGGGCUCCUUGCCCUUAGAGGAGAAUGAGGUCUAAUAGGUCAUGGGCUUUAAGACUGCAUCUGGGGCUAGGGUUCCAGCGUUGGGGCCCCAAAGCUUAUACAAUUUGGGCGGGUGUGGGUUCUUUAAGAAAAAGAAUACAAAACAAUAGAUGCAAAAUUAGGUACAAGGUCUUGGAUGGUAAGUGAGGAGCCCUGAAGCUUGCGCUCAUUAGCUUUACGGUGAACCUACCUCUGAUGUAUCCUAAUA